AUGUCACAGUUCCGCGCCAAGAAGCUCGACCUCGGAGGCUUCAUUAACAUCCGUGUCAUCCGCGAUCACACCAAGCGCAAGGUUUUCGAGCAGUAUGAGCCUGACCGACAAGCCCUCCGCUACAUAAUCCGCAACACGUCUCUCCCCCAGCGUAUGCGCGCCCAGGCCCAGCUCGAGCUCUCCCAGAUGCACGCCUACACCCGCUCUACGCAGAUCAAGAACCGCUGUGUGGCGGGAGGUACGGCCAGGAGUGUGAUCCGCGACUUCAGGAUUGGACGGUACCAAUUCCGUCAACAGGCGCUUGCGGGUGAACUGCCGGGUGUCAGGAAGGCUAGUUGGUAG